ACAACGCACUUCCACAGAUUUAGUGUGUUAUGUCAACUGACUGGGCUUAGGAGAGGGUGGCAGUUUCAUCUUUAUUUCAUUAAUACUGUCUCAGAAGUAUGGUGUGAAAGAAGAGAGCCAUGAAUCUCCGGGGAUUCUUUCAAGAUUUCAAUCCGAGCAAAUUCCUGAUCUAUGCAUGCCUGCUGCUCUUCUCUGUGUUACUGUCAUUGCGGUUGGAUGGCUUUAUUCAGUGGAGCUACUGGGCGGUGUUUGCACCCAUUUGGCUCUGGAAACUCAUGGUCAUCAUCGGAGCAUCCGUGGGUACUGGGGUGUGGGCCCACAACCCUCAGUACAGGGCUGAGGGGGAGACCUGUGUGGAGUUCAAGGCGAUGCUGAUCGCUGUAGGGAUCCAUCUCCUCCUUCUCACCUUUGAGGUGCUUGUGUGUGACCGUGUGGAGAGGGGCUCACAUUUCUGGUUGCUGGUCUUCAUGCCCCUUUUCUUCGUCUCUCCCGUCUCUGUGGCGGCGUGCGUGUGGGGCUUCAGACAUGACCGCUCACUUGAGCUUGAGAUCCUGUGCUCGGUAAACAUACUGCAGUUCAUCUUCAUUGCACUGCGAUUGGAUAAGAUCAUCAACUGGCCCUGGCUGGUGGUCUGUGUGCCGCUAUGGAUCCUCAUGUCCUUCCUUUGUCUGGUGGUGCUUUACUACAUUGUCUGGUCUGUCCUUUUCCUCCGUUCGAUGGACGUCAUCGCUGAGCAGCGUCGCACUCAUAUCACCAUGGCGAUCAGCUGGAUGGCUAUCGUUGUCCCCCUGCUGACCUUCGAGAUUCUUCUUGUGCACAAGUUAGAUGGCCAUUAUGACUCAGACUAUGUCCCGGUCUUUGUGCCUCUCUGGGUCUCCCUGGUGACACUGAUGGCAACCACGUUUGGCCAAAAGGGAGGCAAUCACUGGUGGUUUGGCAUUCGUAAAGAUUUCUGCCAGUUCCUUCUGGAGCUCUUUCCCUUUCUGCGGGAGUACGGCAAUAUCUCCUAUGACCUCCACCAUGAGGACUCAGAGGUGUCUGAAGAGAUACCUGCCCACGAGCCUCCUAAAAUUGGCCCGAUGUUCCGCAAGAAGACUGGAGUGGUCAUCACGCAAAGUCCCGGGAAGUACUUUGUGCCUCCGCCUAAACUGUGCAUUGACAUGCCAGAUUAAAACACUCUACGGACACAGCACACGAGAGAAGUGUAGUGCUAUCUACCAGCGUUCACUUCAGGCCACGUACAAAUGGUGGAAAUGAACCAGUUCAGUCCAACGGAAGUUUUAUAUAAGCUCAGCUUCAGUUUGGCAAAGACUGAAAUGUCCUCAUGUUCAAAUGGAGCUCAAACCAGGAGGCCUGCUGUGGGCAUGGCUUGCCAUUUGACUCUUCCCUAUGAUCGUAUUGCAUCUCUGUUCCAGAGUCCUGUGCUCAGACCUUUCCUUGAUCCAGUUGUAUAGACCAACACCUUCAGAGGGGAGACUACUAGAACUCGUUUAAUUAUAAAAAUAACCAAGGUAUUUUUUUUCUCCCCUACUCAUAAACAAAUAUGAAAUUUCAGUCUCAGCCAUUAUGUCAGAAUGAUCCAGCUUAGUUGACGUUUGGUGGUAGUAGUAUGGGAUUGUCUGAACACUCAUAGAUUUUUCUGGGUAAGCCAUGCAUAGCAUCGAGGCUGCUAUGGUGGAGGUGAGUGCCGUCUUCAUGGGAAGAAGGUUAUGUAGCAAAGCCAAAGAACAUUAGCGUACAAGUUUGAUUUGGCUGAAUUCAAACGCUGUUGUUUUCCAGCAGAAGAAGUUCAGAGGGUUUUUUUUUGUCUGUUACAUGUGAUAGCUUUGAACAAAAGAGAUUAUUCUCCCUAUCACUUCACAUUUGUGGUUAGUCAUUGUUUACUAGAACACCUCUCUUGCUAUAUCUAGCACAGCAGUGUUGUGCUAUUUUUUUUGUCCAGUGAGGACAUUCACUAUUAACCCACACUAACUCUAGUUCUUGAGUGUGGACCAUGUAUUUGUAGUUAUGGUCUUGACUCCCAUAUUGUGAUAAAUAUAUAAGAUAUAAAACAUCUGUCCUUGUGAAGAAGUGAUUAACAACUAGUCCCUCUUGUUGACCCAUUUCACGUUAUUCAUAUAUAAUUUUUAAUCUUAUUUCGAUGAAGUUGACAUGACACAACACAAUUCAAUAAUAACACAACACUAGCAAAAGUAUAAAUCCUAACCUAAUAUUUGGGAGAAAAAAGCCUUUGAAUCACUUAGCACAAAGCAAAUAGCAGUUUUAGAUCUAAAUUGAGGAGUGGACCAUUUAAUAUGAGCUUCUAAGCCGACAGUGGUAAAGAUAGCCUAAAUUGUUCUGUUACACAAGAUGAAAUCUCCUGCUUUUUGUAGGUGCACACUACAUAUGUACUCAGCUGGCCUGAGUGAGCAGCUAUUGGAGUUCAUGCUAGUGGAUAUGGACCAAUACUGUUGUGUUUUUUUGUUUGUUUGUUUGUUUGUUUGUUUGUUUAUUGGGUUUAUUCUUCCACAUUGCAUCUCCGUUGUCACUGUUAGUCCUUUUAAAGGUGUGAUAAACAGUAGCUAUUGAUUUUGGCUGACAUUAAAAUCUUAUCUCUGACAUUAAA